AUGAAGCCCUCACUCGUGCUCCUGGGCGCAUGCUCUUCCGCCCUGGCCUUCCGCGACUCCAAGAUCAUCUCGUCGAGCUCGGGCGAGAUGUGCAUCUCGUCCCAGCUCCUCGCCGCCUCGUCGAGCAACCCCAUCUGCCGCAACAAGGACGGCGCCGAUCUCCUCAGCGGCAGCGGUCGCGGCCGGGGCGGGGACCAGUUCUCCCUCGCCGGCUCCAUUCCGCCGUCGCCCACAACGCCGCACUCGAACUGGACGCACACGUCGCCCUGCUUCAGGAACGGCACCGACAGCCCCGAGUUCUGCAUCUAUCACGCCGCCCACUACGGCGGCAAGGGCAUGUCCAUCAUCACCGACGCCGAACGCGCCGCCCACAUCACCCGCAACUGGGGCUUCACCCGGCCCCAGGAGCUCGAGGGCGUCAACCGGCCCCUGCCCAAGUUCGAGGUGGCCAAGGUGCCCGGCAAGGAUUACGGCCUCGUCGCCACCAUCCCCAUCCGCCGCGGCGAGGUCAUCCUGCGCGAGACGGCCAGCCUGCUCAUCGACUACGCCGCCUUCACCCACGUCCCCCUCGACGAGAUGAAGAAGCUGCAGGUCCACGCCAUCGACUACCUCCCCUUCAACCACCGCAGCCAGUGGCUCAACAUGUCGAGUCACGGCUUCCAGGGCGACCAUACCGCCAUGGUCGACAAGAUCCUCCUCACCAACUCCUUCGACGUCGAGAUGGACGACGUCAAGCGCGACGACGACUUUUACGCCGUCUUUGUGAACACGUCCCGCAUGAACCAUGACUGCCGCCCCAACGUCGACUACUGGUUCGACCCGCGCACCCUGACCCAGCGCACCGUCGCCAUUCGCGACAUCAUCCCCGGCGAGGAGCUGACGCUCUCCUACAUCGACCCGAUGCAGUCGCGCGCCGCCCGCCGCGAGCGCCUGCACACGACCUGGGGCUUCCACUGCUCCUGCAACCACUGCAUGCAGCACCGCCUCAAGACGGACGAGUCGGACCGCCGCAUCGAGCAGAUCGCCUCCCUGCGCGAGGAGUUCAACGACUACACCCCGGCCUCGCGCGCCACCCCGCAGAUGGCCGAGCUUCUCAUCUCCCUCUACGAGCAGGAGAACAACUGGUCCCUGCUGAGCGAGGCCUACACCCUGGCCGCCAUCGAGUACAACGGCGUCGGCGAGCCCUGGCUCGCCACAAAGUACGCCCGCCUCGCCGUCGAAGCCGGCCUCAUGACCCUGUGGGAGGGCCACGGCGACGUCGUCGAGAUGACGAAGCUCGCCGAGGACCCAUGGUCCCACUGGAGCUGGAUGCUGAGGACGCGCAAGCGGUAUAGCUGGGGGCCAGGCUCCAGGCCCAACCAAUCUGAAGACGAGGACGAGGAUGAUGAGUGA